AUAAUAAUUUCAUUUUAUAAAAUAGUACCCGUAUAGUACAACAAAAUACUACAUGCUUACCACGUGCUAGCUAUGCAAUCAAACCAUCUACUACUAUCCUCAUCGUCGCCUUCUUCUUCUUCCUCUACUCCCCUUAUACCCCAUCACUCUCUCCCUUUUCACCUCUUCUGCAUAUUCCUUUCGAUACACUCCUCCCCUGUCUAUCUCUACAUAUCCUUUCACCUACUGUACUUUCCUUGUACUAGAUCCACUCGAAUUUCAAACCCUAAACCCCCCAAAACGACGCCGUCCGAUCCGGCGAUCCCGGAUCCUGAAACUCAAGCUGGAGCAGUUGAAGACAAUCGGUAGGGAGCUCGCAAUGGGCUCCCAAGGUGGAUUCGGUCAGUCUAAAGAGUUCCUAGACCUAAUUAAAUCAAUCGGCGAAGCCCGAUCUAAAGCCGAAGAAGAUCGAAUCGUAAUUAACGAGAUCGAAAUUCUCAAAAAGAGGAUAAUCGAACCGGAUAUACCAAAAAGGAAAAUGAAGGAGUAUAUAAUGAGAUUAGUUUAUGUUGAGAUGCUUGGACAUGAUGCGUCGUUUGGUUAUAUACAUGCUGUUAAAAUGACACAUGAUGAUAAUUUACAUUCCAAAAGGACGGGGUAUUUAGCUGUUACGCUUUUUUUGAAUGAGGAUCAUGAUUUGAUUAUAUUGAUUGUUAAUACUAUUCAGAAGGAUUUGAAAUCCGAUAAUUAUUUGGUUGUUUGCGCCGCGUUGAAUGCCGUUUGUAAGUUGAUUAAUGAGGAGACUAUUCCAGCUGUGUUGCCUCAGGUUGUGGAUUUGUUGGGACAUUCUAAAGAAGCUGUUAGGAAAAAGGCGGUUAUGGCACUUCAUAGGUUUCAUCAGAAAUCCCCGUCUUCGGUUAAUCAUCUCGUGUCCAAUUUCAGAAAGAGGUUAUGCGACAAUGAUCCUGGUGUUAUGGGCUCUACACUAUGUCCUCUUUAUGAUCUAAUCUCAGAAGAUGUUAAUUCUUAUAAAGAUUUGGUUGUCAGCUUUGUAAGCAUUCUAAAACAAGUAGCGGAACGGAGAUUGCCCAAGAGCUAUGAUUAUCAUCAGAUGCCUGCCCCAUUUAUUCAGAUCAAAUUAUUGAAAAUUCUGGCAUUACUUGGAAGUGGGGACAAAAAAGCCAGUGAACAAAUGUAUACAAUUGUUGGUGACAUUAUGAGAAAGAGUGAUUCAUCAAGUAAUAUAGGAAAUGCUAUUUUAUAUGAGUGCAUCUGCUGCGUUUCCUCAAUACAUCCUAAUCCCAAGUUAUUAGAAUCUGCGGCAGAAGCAGUUGCCAAAUUUUUGAAGAAUGAUAGCCACAAUCUAAAGUAUUUGGGGAUUGAUGCGCUUGGAAGAUUAAUAAAGAUAAGCGCAGAAAUUGCUGAGCAGCACCAACUUGCCGUGAUUGAUUGUUUAGAGGACCCAGAUGACACACUGAAGCGAAAGACUUUCGAGCUGCUGUAUAAAAUGACAAAGCCGUCAAAUGUAGAAGUUAUUGUUGACCGAAUGAUUGAUUACAUGAUGAGUAUAAAUGACAACCAUUAUAAAACUGAGAUAGCAUCCAGAUGUGUGGAACUUGCUGAGCAGUUUGCACCUAGCAAUCAAUGGUUUAUCCAGACAAUGAAUAAAGUGUUUGAGCACGCAGGAGAUCUAGUGAAUUUAAAGGUUGCCCACAAUUUGAUGCGGUUGAUUGCUGAGGGAUUUGGAGAAGAAGAUGAAACUGCAGAUAGCCAGCUGAGAUCAUCAGCUGUGGAGUCAUAUUUGCGCAUCAUGGGAGAGCCAAAACUACCUUCUGCAUUUCUCCAGGUUAUUUGCUGGGUCUUGGGGGAGUAUGGAACUGCUGAUGGGAAGUAUUCUGCCUCCUAUAUCACAGGGAAAAUAAGUGAUAUUGCUGAGGCACAUUCAACUGAUGACAUGGUCAAGGGUUAUGCAGUGUCAGCACUUAUGAAAGUAUAUUCAUUUGAAAUAGCAGCUGGGAGGAAAGUGGACAUGUUGCCUGAGUGUCAAUCAUUCAUUGAAGAGUUGUUAGCAUCAAACUCAACAGAUUUGCAGCAACGAGCAUAUGAACUUCAAUCUGUUGUUGGCUUAGACGCUCGUGCUGUUGAAAGUAUUAUACCAAUGGAUGCUAGCUGUGAAGAUAUCGAGGUUGAUAGAGAACUAUCGUUUCUCAAUGGUUAUGUUCAAGAGUCACUGAAUAAGGGGGCUCAACCCUAUAUUCCUGAGAAUGAGCGAUCAGGAGCUUCAAGCAUCAGCAAUUUUAGAAUUGAACAUCAUGGACCCUCGGGACAUUCUCUUAGAUUUGAAGCGUAUGAGCUUCCCAAGCCUUCUGUGCCAUCAAGACCUCCAGUCCCACCAGUAUCUGCAGCUGAACUUGUUCCUGUACCGGAACCAACUUAUCACACACAGUUUCAUGAAGCUGUUGCACCAAAGUUGUCCGUGUCUGGUACAGGCUCAUCUGAAAUCAAGCUACGACUUGAUGGUGUUCAAAAGAAGUGGGGUAAGCAAACUUAUUCCUCUUCCUCACCAUCUACUUCAGACUCUGAUAUCCAUAAGACUCAGAAUGGAGCGACCAAGCGUGAUGUACCAAGCAGCUUAAGCUCAAAAGCACGUGAUGUAUCUUAUGACUCAAGAAAGCAACAGGAGGAUGUUGAUCCGGAAAAGCAAAAACUUGCUGCUUCCCUCUUUGGGGGUGCAUCAAAACCUGAAAAGAGACCUCCUGCUAGUCAUAAGGCAUCAAGGCCAAACAGCCAUGCCGCAGAUAAGUCAAAUGCAGAAAAGAGUGGGCCUUCUGACGGAGGUGCGGUAAAAGCAAGUCCCCAACCACCUCCUGACUUGCUCGACCUGGGUGAACCAACUAGUAUUAGUAAUGCAACCUCUGUGGAUCCUUUUAAGCAACUGGAAGGCUUGCUUGAUUCAAACGAAGGAACUAUAGCUCCAGGUUCCAGUAGCUCUACUAAAGCACCUGAUUUAAUGUCUCUUUAUGGCGACACUUCCCUAAGUGGACAGAAUAUAGGAACAGCAAAUCUCCUUUCAACUGGUAGCAGUGAUGCAAAUCUCAUCUCUGAUGUUUCACAUGCACCCGACAGGAAUGGCCAUGGGACAGGAAGUGCAGUUACUCUGUCAACACCAUUAAGUAAGGGACCAAAUACUAAAGAUGCUUUGGAAAAAGAUGCACUUGUGAGGCAAAUGGGUGUGAACCCAACAAGUCAGAAUCCCAACUUAUUCAAGGAUUUGCUUGGGUAAGGUACAUGAACAUGGCUGUCUUUUAAAGUCUGUUGAGGCCCUUUCAGAGAGUCUAUGAUGAUUGAACUAGAUUUGUUUUGCUGGAAAGCUACAAAUAUUUUUGAUGGCAAAACUUACAAUUGAAAGUACAAUUGCAAGGAACUAAUUGUUGUAUGAGCCUGUGGUAUAUUUUAUAGCAGUUGCAGGUGGGGAAGUUUGUGUAAAACUGGCUUCGACUGGUAGGAAUGGGUGGACUCUACCUGAGAUUUUCGGAGUAAAAGGUGGUCAAGAUUUGUGCAGUCACGACCGUGGAUUUGCCACGCGCUUCAAGUUAUGUCAUAGUUGUGUUUUAUGUGAAUUUUCCUUUUUAUGUUUCUCUUAUUAAGACCAUUCAGUAUGUUAUUUCUUUUUUCAUGAAGGCAAACUGUAUCAUUUGGAGAGGUAUUGUACCCUUAUGUGAAUGUAAAGUAAUAAUCAUUUUUUCAGGUUAAAUUGAUACUGGCUGUAUCAGUGGAAUCUGGAUACCAUGCAAAGGCAGCUAGUUUUGCAAAA